CCAAAGGCACCGAUCCAAGUUGACAACGUCCAUUACUUCCCAUGCAGCAAAAGGGACGGAAUUCUAGGGCCCCAAACGCGGAUAUAGUUGCUUGAGUCUUGGCGCCAGGGUGAUAUUGAUAAGGCCAUGUCGUUGCUGGCCACUGUUGUUGACUGUUGUAGCCUUGUAGGCGUCGAGAAGAAUGUUACCACUGGCACGCUACCCAAUGACAUUGACCAUAUUCCCGGGGUUUCUUUUCCCAAGCCCCUUGCCCUUUAUUUAUUCGCCCGGCGUCUGGCGCUGGCGCUGGCGGGACUGGCGGUGCUGCUGCUGCUGCCGUCGCUGAUGCUGGUGGCUACUGGAGCCUCUAGAGUCCAGCCCCAGAGAAACACAGCUCAGACCACCGCCGAAACCUGUAUGACUUCCGUUGAGUCCUCCAUCGUCGUCGUCAUCGUCGUUGUUGUUGUUGUUGUUGUUGUUGUUGUUGUUGUCGUUGUUGUCGUUGUUGUUAUUGAUUUUGUUAUAGUUGGUCUUAUUGUUGUAUGGAGUGUGAAUUGUCCAUUGAUCGCUGCCGUAUUUAGUCAUGUUCUGAGUGAAAAUAAUACUGAAGGGGCAUGAAGCAUCAAGCAGGAUGUGGCAAGCUUGUGGUUGGGGCCUGGCCCCUGGGUCAAUAGAGGGAGCUGACGAUGAUGAAGAAUCAAGAGAAGGGUUUCUAUCUCGAGUG